CCUCCGCGCAUGGAGAGGGAAGAGAGGUACCUGGAGCUCUACCUGGACCGGUGCACCGCCCAGGAUGACCUCGCCCCACCGGGGUUGCCCCUGCUCAGCCCAGUUGCACCUUAUGAUGUCUACAUAUAUAAUUCAUCCAACCCAGAGGCUGUGUUUAAUUCACAUCUUGAAGAAGUCAAAGAAAUAACUGGUGGUUUCUCAUCUGUGGAUCUUAGCUUCCUACCAGAUGAACUUACCCAAGAAAAUAAAGACCAGACUGUCAUUAGAAGCAAGGGUGAGGAGGAUGAAGAAAAUUGUAAAACUCAAAGUCCGCCAAGUAAACUGCCAUUAUCCAGCCAACAGGACGUUGGCCUGGGCUUAAACAGCAGCAGUUCGUCAAAUUCCCACUCAGACCUGCACCCUGGGGAUGCUGACUCUGUUCAGCACUCUCCUGAGAAACCAGACUCCUUGCCUCUGGCGUCCAUAGCUCCCAUGACACCAAUGACCCCUGUUUCAGAAGGUUCAGGGAUUGUGCCUCAACUACAGAAUAUAGUUUCCACUGCAAACCUUGCCUGUAAAUUGGAUCUGAAGAAAAUAGCUUUGCAUGCAAAAAAUGCAGAAUAUAACCCAAAGAGGUUUGCUGCUGUCAUAAUGAGGAUCCGAGAGCCCAGGACAACAGCCCUCAUAUUUAGCUCUGGGAAAAUGGUCUGCACAGGAGCCAAAAGCGAAGAGCAGUCUCGACUGGCGGCGAGGAAGUAUGCUCGUGUGGUGCAGAAGCUCGGGUUCCCCGCAAGAUUCCUCGAUUUUAAAAUUCAGAACAUGGUUGGAAGCUGUGAUGUGAGAUUUCCCAUCAGGCUGGAAGGUUUGGUGCUAACCCAUCAGCAGUUCAGUAGUUAUGAACCUGAAUUGUUUCCUGGCCUUAUUUAUAGAAUGGUAAAACCACGAAUUGUGCUGCUUAUCUUCGUAUCUGGAAAAGUUGUGUUGACAGGUGCCAAAGACCGUUCUGAGAUCUAUGAAGCAUUUGAAAACAUCUAUCCCAUUCUAAAGGGUUUUAAAAAAGCCUGA